AUGGUCACUCCAGACCCACCUCCGCCCUGCAAGUGUCCCUCCACUGGGCAGAAAAUAACGUGCGUUUUUGGGGGGUUUCUCCUUCUCUCGAGAGGCACACGAGUUGAGGCCGAGUUGGCCAGGAGGUGGAUGGUGUUGAGCGAAGAGGUGUCCACGGAGGGAAACCGGCACGGAGGCAGCAGCGGAUUUCUCGCUACGGCUUCUGGGGAUAAUUCAGUGCCGGGCGCCAUGCCGGAAACAUGGCGGGAGCUCCACCAAGCAGCCGGGAACGGGGACAUCUACCUGGUACGGAGAUUGUUAAAGCAAGGAGCACCCACAGAAAGCAGGGACGAGAACGGCUGGACCCCGCUGCACGCCGCCUCCCUCCACGGCUACGUCCGCCUGGUGAAGUUCCUGCUCCGCCGCGGCGCCGCGGUCCACGCCACCGACCACGCCGGCCACACGCCCCUGCACCACGCCGCCUGGAGCGGCCGCACGCAAGUGGCCGCGAUCCUGCUGGCCCGGGGGGCGCCCGCGGCGGCCUCGACCGCGGCCGGCCUGAGCCCGCUGCACUGCGCGGCGGCCAACGGACACACCCUGGUGGCGCAGCUGCUGCUGGGGCAGGGGGGGGCUGCGGCCGGGGGGGGCCGCGGCCGGUGGGCGGCCUUGCACUGGGCGACGGCCGGCGGCCAGCUGCACAUCAUGGACCUGCUGCUGUCCCGGGGCAGCGGCCCCGACCUGGGCGGCCGAGGGGGCCUCACGCCGCUGCACGUGGCAGCCGAGGCCGGCAGAGCCGACGCGCUCCGCCUCCUGCUUGCGCAGGGGGCCACCCUGGACAUCCGGGACGACCUGGGCAGGACCCCGCUCUCCAUCGCUGCGGCCAACGGCUACCACGAGAUCGUGAAGGCGCUGCUCCAGAGCCGAGCGGAUGCAAACCUGGCCGACUGCUUCGGCUGCACGGCGCUUCACAAGGCUGCAACCGCGGGACACCUGCUCAGCGUCCGCCUCUUGGUCGAAGAAGGGGGUUCUGGAGUGAACAGCCCGGACGGCCUCCGUCUGACGCCGCUUCACAGGGCCGCUCGCUGCGGCCACGCUGACGUAGCCAGCUAUCUCCUGGAGCACGGAGCCGGGGUCAACGCGGCCGGCUGGCUCGGCAAAACCCCCUUGCACCUGGCUGCGGAAGAAAGGCACUCCGUGAUGGUGCAGCUUCUGCUGGCCAGGGGGGCGAGCCCCGAGCUGAGGUCUUGGUGGAAGGAGCCGGCCGAGGCGUCGGCCUUGGGGGCUCCAGGAGUGGAUGCGAUGCCCGGAGGACCUCAGACUUCCCCGCCACGGUUUUCUGAUGCGUCCCUUCCGCCACAUCCAGCUGAAUAUUAAAAUGUGCACCUCGUAAA